AUGGCUAAGAACGAUGCAGUAAUACAAAGCCAAGCAGCUUCUCUUCGUAAUCUUGAGAUGCAGCUCGGCCAGCUAGCCAAUGAAAUGAAAACUAGGCCGCAAGGAUCUUUGCCUAGUGAUACAGAAAACCCAAGGAGAGAUGGGAAAGAACACUGUAAAGCUAUUCAGCUGAGGAAUGGUAAAAAUCUGGGAAAUUCUGAAGAAAUACAGGGUAGUGGAGAGCCCACUUCAAUCCAAAGCGAAGGAGAAACAAGUAACAAAACUGCCCAGGAAAUUGCUGAAACUGGCCCAGUUGCUACAGCAAAGGGUCAGCAAACUGCUCCAGUAAAUUCUGGUCCUAAACCGCCCCUUCCAUUUCCGCAUCGAUUUCGCAAACAACAACAGAAUGGUCAGUUCAAAAAGUUUUUAGAUGUACUGAAUCAGCUGCAUAUUAAUAUCCCCUUGGUCGAAGCAUUGGAGCAAAUGCCGAAUUAUGUCAAGUUCUUAAAGGAUAUUUUGACAAAGAAAAGGCGAUUGGGGGAGUUUGAGACUGUAGCUCUCACAGAAGGAUGUAGCGCGAUGUUGAAAAGCAAUAACCCUCCUAAGUUAAAAGAUCCUGGCAGUUUCACGAUUCCGUGUUCUAUUGGAGGUAGAGAUGUUGGAAGAUCAUUAUGCGAUUUGGGCGCUAGCAUUAACCUUAUGCCCAUGUCAAUCUUUAAAAAGUUGGGUAUUGGUGAAGCGCGACCCACGACUGUUACAUUACAGCUUACCGAUAGAUCCAUGGCUCAUCCUGAGGGAAAAAUCGAGGAUGUUCUAGUCCAAGUUGAUAAGUUUAUCUUUCCGGCUGACUUCAUCAUUCUAGACUAUGAAGCGGAUAGAGAAGUGCCUAUAAUAUUGGGUCGGCCCUUUCUUGCUACAGGGCGUAUCUCAUUGAUGUACAGAACGGAGAACUUACUAUGCGGGUGA